GUCCGACUACACUCCUGCAGGUCAAUUAUUUUGACUGUCACAGGCGCAUUUAUUUCGGUGACAGGUUAUAAGAGUGAAGUACAUUACAUUUCGCGCCUAAGGUAAUUCGAAGUAACAAAGGGACCGACGUAUCCAAGGUUUAUAUUCAGACUGCCAGCCAUCAGCUGAUCCACUUAGAGCAUGAAGAUGCAUUACAUUGACAACACACUGUAUGCAUCCAAGGGAUGGAUGAUGACAACGCACCAGAUCAGGCCUUUGCUGAUUUUAAGACGAGAAACCUCGGCGGAUGGGGUGUUGCUCAGAUUGCUGCUGGCACUGGCCUUGCUGUGUAUGCAAUGUGGGUAGGAAUCCUCCAGCCUGGCUUCCGAAAAGUUCCAUUGAAGCUACAGGUCCCUUACAUGCCGGCCAGCAAAGCUCAAGUGAACAAUGUUAUGACAUUGCUGAGGGGUCGAAAGGGAGGCCUUGUGGAUUUGGGGUCCGGUGAUGGCCGCAUUGUCUUGGAGGCCCAUCGGCAGGGUUUCACUCCUGCUAUUGGUUAUGAGCUCAACCCCUGGCUUGUUCGUCUGUCCCGCUUCCAUGCGUGGAGAGCAGGCCAUCAUGAAAAGGUGUCAUACCGACGGGAGGAUCUUUGGAAGGUCGACAUGACGAAAUGCAAGAACAUCACAGUGUUUCUGGCUCCUAGCGUGCUUUCAUUGUUGCAGCAGAAGUUGCAGGCUGAGCUUCCUGAUGAUGCCUUAGUGAUAGCUGGUCGUUUUCCCUUCACUGAGUGGACGCCAUGCAGGACUGAGGGACACGGUGUGGACAGGGCGUAUGCAUAUAGUAUGCAAGCACUGAGACAGCACACCUUUGAUCAAAACAACAACAUCACAGUAACGGACGGGGACAGUGAACUUACCAAGGAGAAAUUAAUCAGUUGAAGCUAUAUGAAUGUUUGAAAUGAUGACAUGGUAUUUUAUUGUAUAUCAUGAACUCACUUCUUAUGAGAUCCUUCACUGGACUAUUGAGGCAGUUUUACCUAAUCUGACCAUCUGUCUUUUUUAGAAUUGGAUGUCUCUGACACACUAUUGUUGCUAUCUGCUCCACUACAGUAUACCACAUUUUAACCACAACUUUCUUGUCACUGGUUUCUUUUUGCUCAGAGGAAGACCACACCUUUGCCUUUAGAACUCAGAAGAAAUAGUUUGGUAAUUAUCUGAGAAAGCGAGUGUUGUAUCUUCCUCAGUUUUCUUUUUUUCUUUUUUUUUUUUUUUGUUAAUUUUAUUCCACACAAUUGGAGAUUAUUUACUGUUCUAGAUGUUCCUUUGAUUAUUGCUAAUUUCUUUUAUUAAUGAGUAUUUCUUGUAUACUGUAUACUGUAUACUGUACAGGCCUAUGUAUAAUUGGACAGCUUAAGAGGAAGCUGUGAUGGUCAGCUAGUUUAUUUUUUCCCAAUCUCACAGAUUAUAAAUACUUGUCUAAAACCCAUAGUGCCAUGUCAUGUCAUGUUGUCUGUAACCCCUUUGUCCCUUUUACGGGGUCACAGGGCCCAUCUGUCUCUGGGUGAGGGCAGGGUACUCCCUGGCACUGGACAAGUUGCCAUCUCAUUGCAGAGCCCUCACUGAUGGCAGAGGCUGCCACGCAAGGUGCCAACUGCACAUCAGGGGUUCAGUAUCUUGCUCAAGGACACUUCAACAUGCAACUCAGCUCAACCCAGCCCUCAGCUGGGAUUUGAGCCAGUGAUCUUCUGAUCAUGAGCCGAUCUGCUCUACUUAAUAAGCUACCGUCACCCCGUCCCAUAGUGUACAAAGGGUAAAUACUGUGCAGUAGCAGUAUCCAAUUAAUGGUAUUUUCAUUGACAGUACGACAUGGUUACCACUGUAUACAUUUUACAUAAAUGAACAGACAUUAAAAUUGUGCCAUCA